GUAAACAGAGGCUAUAUAACAGUGAAAGCCGUGACCAUCGAAAAAAAAUGGUUCUAGACUGUCGAAUUAGCGGUACAUAUUGCUGAUAUUUAGCGGUUCGGCCACAUAAAGCUCACAUACAUCAAAACCGACGACAUGGCAACUGCGCAAAAUGUUGAAGGGCAAGCCUCGAACUUCGCACAUUCAGGAUCUGGGAGAAACGCAGCAUCGCUCCCGAAUGGAGCUGCAACCGCCGCAGCUGCGCCGAUUUCCCCGUCUGCUGUAGGCCUGCCCCGGGAGCCCAUGUACAACUGGCAAGCUACAAAGAGCUCCGUCAAAGAGCGCUUCACUUUUCUGUUUAACAACGAGUUGCUUAGCGACGUAAGGUUUGUAGUGGGGAAGGGCAGGCAGGCGCAGAGGAUUCCGGCACAUAAAUUUGUAUUAGCUGCAGGCAGUGCUGUUUUUGACGCCAUGUUUAACGGAGGCAUGGCGACCACCUCUGCUGAAAUAGAGCUUCCAGACGUGGAACCAGCCGCAUUCCUGGCAUUGCUCAGGUUCCUGUACUCGGACGAAGUCCACAUAGGUCCGGAGACAGUUAUGACAACUUUGUACACAGCCAAAAAAUACGCCGUUCCGGCGCUGGAGGCGCAUUGUGUGGAAUUCUUGACGAAACACCUCCGAGCCGACAACGCCUUCAUGCUACUCACCCAGGCCCGAUUGUUUGAUGAACCACAGCUUGCUAGCCUCUGCUUGGACACAAUAGAUAAAAGCACCGCAGAUGCAAUAAACGCAGAGGGUUUCACAGAUAUUGAUUUAGACACUCUUUGCGCUGUGUUGGAGCGGGACACUUUGGGGAUUCGGGAAAGUCGCCUCUUUGGCGCCGUGGUGCGCUGGGCUGACGCAGAAUGCUACAGACAGCAGCUGCCCCUCACCUCUGAAAACAAACAGAAAGUUCUGGGAAAAGCGCUGUCCCUCAUCCGUUUCCCACUGAUGACAGUGGAAGAAUUUGCUGCAGGGCCUGCCCAGUCUGGAAUUUUGUUCGAUCGGGAGGUGGUAAAUCUGUUUUUACACUUUACAGUAAACCCCAAACCCCGGGUUGACUACAUCGACAGGCCAAGAUGUUGCCUCCGUGGAAAGGAGUGCAGCAUUAGUAGGUUCCAGCAGGUUGAAAGCCGCUGGGGAUAUAGUGGAACCAGCGACAGAAUAAGGUUCAACGUAAACAGACGAAUAUUAAUAGUUGGGUUUGGACUCUAUGGAUCUAUUCAUGGACCUACCGAUUAUCAGGUCAACAUACAGAUCAUUGAGAGUGACAAAGGCCUAACGCUCGGACAGAAUGACACAGGAUUCAGUUGUGAUGGAACUGCAAACACGUUCAGGGUCAUGUUCAAGGAGCCUGUUGAAAUCAUAGCAAAUGUCAGCUACACAGCUUGUGCGACCCUAAAGGGUCCAGAUUCCCACUAUGGUACAAAAGGACUAAGAAAAGUGACCCAUGAGUCUGCAACAGGGACCAAGACCACCUUUUCCUUCUUCAGCUCUCCUGGAAAUAACAAUGGUACCUCUGUGGAGGAUGGACAGAUCCCAGAGAUCAUCUUCUACUCUUAAACCCAGAGGCCAUUUAGCUUACCAGCCGAUGGGAACAGCCCCAAACAAGACAGGAAAGGACGUACUCCAUAAUCAGGAUAGCCAGGGCAAAGAUCCUCUCCUGGCAUGAGUCAGGCCUUUUGCACCAAACUGGCUUUUUUUUUUUUUGCUUCAUACAGCUCGCUUAACUGGAAUGCAGAUAAAUCCAGGAAAGGGGAUCAGGUCAGGGAUGUCACUCUUACAGCUGCAUUUAUGGUACAUUUCCACCAGGAUCCAAAAUUAUUGGGGAAAGACUCUUGGUCUCUUGUGUAAAUAGCAGUAAACACUCCCCACAUCGCCAUCCAAGGGCCAUCAUCCUUCCAUGGAUGCAAAAAGGCAACAAUGUGGUGAUAUCAUGCAGAGCACCACCUCUCUCCUGUUUUGUUUGCAUCUGUGGCUUAAGUAAAAUGCUGAAAUGUACAGAUGCUUUCAAAGGUUGUGAAUAGCUUCUACAGGAACAUUUACAAUGUUUGCAGGUUAAAAAACAAAAGUAUGCUUGUAAAUGAGGCGGGCCCAGUUGCUUAAGCAUGUCAGUGUUGUAGUGGAAAAAAAGAAAUUACUGUUAUUUGCUGAUACAUUUUUUUCAUUUAUUUUAUGUGAUACAAUAUCCUGUGUUAUUUAAUGAUACAAGCCUGGGCAAUAAAGUCUGUUUGAGA